ACAAAAGAACUACAAAUAUUGAAGGAGAUGGAGCAGAAGGACGAAGUGAAUCCCAAGCGGGUUGCCGCCUUCUAUCGAAGAAGCACCAUCGGGCCUGUGUGCCGGCUGCAGUCCACCUCGGACAUCGAGCCCUGGCAGCUCUCGAAGGCGUACUUCACACUGAUCACGUACUUGAACGAUGUGAGCACCGAGAUACAGGGAAUAAGGAACACCGACUCCUUUCCGAUCAGCCAGAACAUCCGGCGACUGGCGGCCAUCUUCGACAAACUGGACGUCAUGAUUCAGGUCAAUCCACCGGCACCCGUCAUCCAAACUGCCACUCCCAGUGCCUCAUUGGAUCCGGCCAACAAAGGAUACAGGCGGUGGGCACACAGCAUGCUGAGGGAUAUUUACCAGAUGGUAGAGAAAGCUGUGCCGGCCAGCAAGUGCAGGCACGUGAAUGAACUGGGUGUGUACUUAUCGGGGGCCUUCGGCAGCUCCACCAAAAUCGAGUAUGGAAUUGGGCACGAGCUCAGCUUCCUGUUUUUCCUGUGCGCGCUUUUCAAGGCGGAGAUCCUUAAUCGGGAGGAGGACUUGGUCGCCUCGGCUCUGGUUCUCUUCGAUCGCUACUUGAAGUUCGUGCGCCGGCUGCAGGUCACCUAUUCUGUGGUAUCAUCUAACUGGCAUGGAGGUUACUCCCUGGAUAAAUUCCAGUUUGUGCCCUUUAUUUGGGGAUUCGCCCAGCUGUGCUACGAGGCGCCCUUCUCCCCGCAGAAAAUCCUGGACGAGGACACUGUUGCGAAAUACAAGAAGGAUUACCUGCUGAUCGAUUGUGUUGCACACAUGGCAAACACCUACAUCGGCACUUUUGCCCGCCAUUCCAGUCAACUUUGGAGCCUGGCUGCGUUGUCCUCGUGGACCAAGAUCCAUCGCAGUCUGAUGCUCAUGUAUAUGGAAGACAUACUUUUGGACUUUGACAACCUGAAUGCCCUGCGAUUCGGUGAACUGAUGUCGUUUGAGAAAGACAAGUCCGGCCGGCAACUGGGUAAUGCUCGCUUAGGUGUGAUGUCUCCACUGCGCCGCCCAAGGGUGGAGGAUACGGAUGAUCAAGAUCAGGAUCUCCAUUCUAGCACUCCUUCGAUUUCAAAAUCGGACCUUAUUGAAGGCAGUAAGAAGCCCAUGGUGGACGAAGCCUUUAGCGACGGUAUGUCCAACAGCGGACUUUCAGUGGGCAGCGACUGCUCAUCUCUCAGCGGCGUAGGUGUCUAUCUCCCCUCUUGGAUAGAUGACAGUCCGAGCAGUGUCAAGCGUUAG